AUGUAUGUUUGUUCUGAUAAAUCUACAGUUGCUGCCUUAAUCACUCAAAAACCCUCAUCUAUUGUCGCUGAAGUAGGGGAAAACGUGAUCUUUCCGUGCCAAGCUACUGGCCUGCCACUACCAACCAUCACGUGGCGAAGAGCGUUUGGUUCCUUACCAAAAGGGAAGACUGCAGUAGUCGAUGGAAACUUGACGAUUCGCAAUAUAACCAAAACUGACAAGGGUGAUUACGUGUGUUCAGCAAAGAAUUUUCUUGGACAGGACUCCGUUGUUGCUCAAUUGAUAGUGAUUGACAGGCUCACAUUUACCCUUACUCCUCCCCUGAAAGUUACUGUAUCACAGUCAAGUAACUUGCUGUUAAAUUGUGCCGCCAAAGGUAACACUGAGAUCACGUGGAAAAGAACUGGAAAAGGCUUACCUCACAGCCACUUGAUUUAUUCAAAUGGAACUUUGCUCCUCAGGAGCGUAGUUACAAGCGAUGCCGGAACAUAUUCUUGCGUGGCCAAGAACGCACUUCGUUCUGUUGAGACGACUUCUGUUGUUGAAGUGUACAACAAACCUUUCUCCUGUAGCAGUAUAAAAUCAGGCCGCAGUGGAAGCUCUUCAGGUAGUUAUAUUAUUGACCCCGAUGGCAAAGGAGGCGUGACUCCGUUCAGUGUGUAUUGUGACAUGAGUGACAAGGGAGGAGUUGGCGUGACAGUCAUAAGUCACGACAGUGAGAGUAGAACACAUGUUGGUAACAUUCCUGGAUGUGGUGGUGCCGGUUGUUACAGUAAAGAUGUGACUUACACUGGAGUUAGCACAGCUCAGUUGGCAGCACUCACUCGAGUCUCACAGAAGUGUGAACAGUUUAUCAAGUUUGAAUGCAAUAAUGACGUACGUUUCAUUGCGCAUAAAUUCGCGUGGUGGGUGUCAAGUAACGGAACACGCGUGAACUACUGGGGUGGAGCUACAGGCUACAACAACAUGUGCGCAUGCGGAUUAACAAACUCCUGCUUGAAUGGUGAAAAGUGUAACUGUGAUUAUCAAUCCUCGUCAGCCGGCUGGAGAGAGGACAGCGGUCUACUGACAGAUAAGUCUGCUCUUCCUGUGACUCAGAUCAGACUGGGAGACUUAAAUGCUUCAAAUGAGGAAGGUUAUCACACAAUAGGCAAACUCAAAUGUUAUGGACAGGCAUGAUGAACUUGUUUUGUUACAAAAAACGGCCUGGGUGUCGGGUAUAGCUUAUGGUUACCUUCCUUCAGUAAAAAUUAUGUUAUGUUAAAAAUCAAUCGUUCAAAGGUUCUCAAGAAAUAAGAGACUGGUUUAUAGUAUUUUGAAUGCACUUUUAUCAAUAAAGGUAGUUUUAACAAAAAAAUAUAGGUUAUAGGAUCAGAUUUGCAACGCCGAACACGUACAGUUAGCAUUGCUGGUAGUAGAUGAAAAUUUAGAUUUCAGUCGUGACUUGAUGUGUCCUGAUACUCUAACACGCUGCUUUUGGUACUUUUUGUUCUGUACAUGUUUAACUUCUAUUUCAUCGCAAGUGACCUGACCGAUUUCAUUCUCGACUCCAAACUCUUGUCUAUUCUCAUUUUAUUUGUCCAUUAUAAAUUACAUUUUUACAGCUGUUCUUAUUACUUGUACGUUAUCUGUUAUAAUAUUACCCUGCAAUAUACUGGCAGGAGAUCUCAGCAAGCCCUAUUGAGGUUUUCUAGGAAGAUCCCCUUGGUACAAAUUAAGUCCAGUGAAAAUAGCAGAUGAAUAUCAAAUGUAAAUAUAUUGUAAAUAACAGCACGGGAUUUGCACGAAAAUAUUACUUAUAUAUUAAUUAAUUAAUCUAUCUUAAUGAAUUUAAUUACUUUGAUUUUGCACUCCUUUCUUAAAUGAAUAAUAUGUUUUUAAUGUUUUCAGAUCAUCUGGUAUAUUAUUCCAAAUUUGAGCCCCCUGUAUUUUAAUGAAAAUUUCCCGUAAUUUGUCCUCCUAUAAUCAAUAAAUAUAUUUGAUGCAUGACUAUACGCGUCCCCAUACGCCCCAGCCCUCUCUACCGGGAAUGACGAAUAUCGACUGAUUUUGUCAACAUAAAAGGUUUCUCUUCGUUAUCAUCGUUAGCGAUCCAUUUUUAUUUUAUCCCAAAGUUCCAUGCAUCUUCGGUAACCUUUAGGUUUGCCUUUGUAUUGUUUGUCAAUGACAUUUGUUUCUAUAUACUUUUUAGUUUUAGCUCCAUAUCAGUACCCUUUAGACUGAUACCGACCACAAAUAUUGCAAUAUUUCACUUAAACGGUUGGUUUCCGGGUCCUGCUACGUAUAAUGUGCACCCGCAUUAAGCACUUUUGGUGGCCUAGUGGGCGCUAGGUUAUUUUCUUUCGUCAUUGUUUUCGUCAUUCCAAGGCUUAAAAUACUCCAGAAGGAUUUACUCCCCUAGCUUUAAACACGCUGUCUUUGUAAUGCACACUGUCGUACGGAUCGUAACUGCUGUCUGUACCAUUCGGAAAGGACGCGCUAAGUGGAUAAACAUCUAACACCUCAAACCGGCUCUACACAUGGCCUAAGCUGCGUGCGCAUUGUAUAUCUGCACUCGCUGAAAAAAAAGUCGACACAGCCUCAGUGCAACCUAAAUGUUCAAAAUGAUUUAACGUUUGGAUUUAUCUUUCUUUGGUUUUCCAUAAAAUGUCGGUUGCCUAAAAAGCUUAAACGUAAUUUCAUUGUUUUUUUCUCUCAAAAUCAGCAGUCCGAUAAAGAGAGCACUUGCUUCUCUAUUUUCCAAUUUUCUUAACUGAGCUUAUCUCCAAAAUUACAUACUUUACUUUUGAAAAAAAAAACUGAUGAUGUUACAUUUCGAUAAAAUAUUUUUUUGUAAGUUUAAGCUCUAAACUGGGGUUAAUGAGCCCUGAGCAAGUACUAGUUCUUUCCUCACUUGUCGCCAGUGUACUCUACUCUCCUUACCUUUGCAGUCAAGACUUGUGCAAUAAUCAGUAGCUCAUUGUUUGGUUUAAAGUACUUUUACUUUUACAUUGUUAAAGUGGUUGCCACAGCUCCCAGUAUGAUUCCACAGCAUCACGUGAUUCUCACCUGUCUUGCCCUAGUUACAUCCCUCAUAGCACUUGCUAGCCACAUUUCAGCUUUACUCUUCAAACAAGUGUGUAGACUUGUACUUGCAUAUUGUAUUUUUUCCCGCUCUCCCACCCAGCUUGUUUUGCCUGUGCUUUGUCCUGCCUGUUUCUAUUUCAUUUGUAUCUUAUGCUGUUUCAUUUUAUUCUAUUUUAGUUGGUUAUUUUUGUCUCCUCGAUUGUUUUAUUUUAUUAUUCAUGAAAGUUGCCACCAUUUUUAUUUUUACAUGUCUACAAAAAAAAGAGCUUGAUAUUUUCAUCAAUUAAAUCCUUGGUGUUUCUACAUCCUACUUUGUUACUUACUUAUUGGUGACAGGGAAGUGCACGCUGGGCUGCACUUUACCCCACAGCGUGUGGGACAGCCCUCCUUGGCAGUAGGUCCGGAUUGCUUACUCUAAGACGGUACAACUCACCAUCUGACCUAUUCUCCUUCCAGAAGGGGACCCCUCUUAUGGUCCACCCAAUGUUACACUCUAAUGUAGGGUCACCUCUAGAGACACCGCUACUCUAGGGGGUCCUCUUAAGGACACCUCUACCCUAGGGGGCAUAGGCUCUGCCUUCCCUGCGACGGGUAGUACUUGGUGUAAGACUGCCCAACCCAAAUUUUGCCAAAUUAUAGUAAUUAAUAUAAUAUGAUAUAAAUAAAUAAAUAAAUAAAGUAAAACCUGUGUUUUUUCCUUCCUUAGUUUCAUAAGCUUGCAGAGUUAGGGGGAGGAGAAAUCAUUGUUACUCUCAGUUGUGCACCCCCCUUUCCUUGCAUGAUAUCUUCUUAACUGCACCCCCUGUUAUGUCAGUGACCCUUAGGACUCAUUAAACGCGGUUUGUAUUCUCCAGUAAACGAUUCAAAGGCAACCUAAUCCGGUAAAAAAGAUAUUUUACCUGAACAAUUCGCCAGAUCGAUGCGUAGAGGUUUUUUAUUCUCAUCAAUCAAAAUAUGGAAGUUCCGUCUCCUUUUCUCAUUUGUAUACUCUCUUUCUGAUUGGGUAAGUUAAAGGCCAGUGUCUAUCCUUUGUUCUGAAUGAAAGUGUUGAUUAAAACAGAAGCUAACAAUACCUGGGAAGUCUCAGUCUUUCCCGGUGUAUGGCGGCGUUUGUCGUCGAGAUUAUUUUCCCCUUAAAUAUAUUACUUAGUCCCUUUUCACCUUGUUCGUUUUUCUUUAUUUAUUGGAACAAAUCUACGAUCCCAUCGAUCACUUCUCGGUAAGUUGAAAAGUUUGUCGAUGUUAUAAAAUGUGGGCCAUGAUUGAAAAGAAUAACGCACCUGUUUUUGUCGUUCAUGUGAGGCGACUAAAUGACAUUUGCGAUAGCUACUAAAACUCGGGUUUUAUUGAUAGGAAGAAAGUUCCUUUGCCGGUUCAUUUCUACGGUAGCAUUUUUAAUUGGAUAAAUCCAGUUUUUUGAAAAGGUACAGCCUCUAAAAACUGAUUUGUAGAAAGAGGCGGCGAUCAACGCGCGACAAAUUUAUUUGUCGGGUAAUGUUUACGCUCAAUAUAUUUAGCGAAUUAUAGUCUUCACUUGCAAUCACAUAAUCAGUGAAUACUUUUGAUCGCACAGCGAGGCAGAAACUCGAGUUGCUAACGUUAUCAAGUUGUGACGUAAGGUUGCAUUUUAGGGUUGCCAGGCAACGCUACUUCAGGUGCGAAUGCAAAUGCUGUGAUCAAAUACUAUUUCACUUGUGGAGUAUAGCACGAGGAGAAGGCUACGGGGUAGAAGGUGAGGAGGGGACAUUUCUCUCACCAGGUUACUCCUGGAGCUUAUUCAUAGGCUACUCAGAGAGAACGCGAGGCGAGGCGCUUCGCUCGGAAUAAAUAAGCCAUUUGUCUGCUAAGCGCACCGUAAUUUUUAAGGAGUUAUUAUAACUCCAAAAAUGGAGUAAAAAUUUGAGGUACAGGAUAACCCCCUUUUUGGGGGUUACUUUAACUCCUAAUUUAACUCCAAAUUUGGGGUCAUUUUUACUCCUGAAAAAGAGUUCUUUUUACCCCCAGUCUGGAGUUAAAAUAACUCCGAAAAUGGGGUUAUUUUUACUCCUUACAUGGAGAGCUCUAUAUACCCCCCUUGACCCAACCCAUAAGGAAUGCACCUAACCUUUACCAUUUCACGAGGCUGGGUGUGCUGUGCUGAUUUGAAGCUGAGUAGUCAAGGAUGGUUGUCUGUUGAGCUGAUCUACUCCAGUGGGCUGAUUUUGGUGGUCUGGUCACACGAUGGUCAGGUUUGGGAGUUCGGUGGAUUUGGUCUGGGGUCGGAUCUGAUGGACUGCAGUGGUGGUCUGAUUUCUUGGUCUAAUCCUGAUGUCUUUCUGAGGUAGAUGGUCUGGUCGAAGAGCUGAAAAUUAAAAAUAUGAGAAGCUGAGGAAAUAGUCAUGAAAAGGCUCUAUAAACGCGUCAGAGAGCUACGUUAAGGGAAUUUAAAUGGAGUAAAAAAAUCGGAAAUAUAUAAAAAAAUUCAGUUGUAAAUUUGCGAAUCUUUCUAGGCCUAAAAGGUUUGCAAAGAGCUCACUAAACUGAUUCAGCGCUGUGCUGACGAUAUUUUUUAAUUAUUCCACUUGUGGUAUUAAAGAAUCUUAGGUGCAUCACCAUGUUAAAAACCAGGCUCGGCCGCAAUCUUUUCGCGCGAGUUCGCGCGUGAUAAAUUUAGAUCAUAUGGGAGGUUCGAAAAUCAACAUUUGAUUGCAAAUGGUCGGUUGGUUUUUAUCAGGGUAAUUUAGCCGAAGUCUGGCCAAAUAGAAAAAAACCAUCUGAAAAAUGCGAAAACUGAAUGCUAUUUUACAACAGUUGUAUAUCGCAAUUAUAUUAUUUCUGUAUUUAACAGCACUCUAAAAGUCAAAUCGUUGAUAGUCUAAUUAUCAAUCCUAACUGUUUAUAAUCCCUUUUAUUAUAUAGACACGAGUGUUUUACUGGAAAAUAUACCACUCGUAAAAAUCAUAAAAACUACAUCCGGGACCCGAGUGGUUUAUUUUGCAUAAUCUCACAAGUGAGUUUAUCGAUGACGUAAUUUCGGCAAUUUUUCUCCAAAAUUUGUAGGCGCCUUGCGUCCUUUGAAUUCUAAUUACACAUUUUUCAAAGCUUUGCUUAUAUUUUGUCAUUGUAGAGUUCUAUUUCAGCUCGAUGUUAUUUCUCAAGAUUAUUGUAAGCAAUGUCUUAUAUUGCUGUACUGUAAAUUUGAGCGGCCACAAUUACUUUUUGGCGAAUAAAAAUCUAUUAUUUAUCGAUGUCUUUUUGUCUAUAUAAUAAAAAGAACAUUACACGGCGGCUUGAAGAUAUGAAUUUUAUUUCCUCGUGGCAAAAACAAUAUUUUACUUACUCGCUGCCCUCGUUCGUAAAAUAUUGUUUUUUGCCACUCGGAAAUAAAAUUCAUAUCUUCGUGCCACCGUCUAAUAUCCUCUAUUUAAUGAUUUAACGCAAGGUUGCACGCGUCUUAUUUCGUCAGAAUUUGCACCAGUGGAAGCGAAAACCAAGCAGUGGCCUGUUUCCAGAAAGAUGUUUUAAAAGACUUUGGUAACAGAAGUAUCAAGUCACAUUUUCCCAUCUUCGCUGAAUUAAGUUUAAGUUCUUGGUACUUUUCUUUAUUCGCUUUUGAGGAUACAGUUUCUGUAUUAUCUACGAUGGCCUUAUUUUUCAUUUUGCCGCCGAGGUUAUUAACUUUGUCAAAUGUUGCUGUCAUGUUGUGCAGCAGGGAAAGUAAGUGAAUCACAUUUCUCGUUUUUGUGAAUUCCUUGCUGAGUCACCAAAAUAAAUUUGGAUGAAGAGUAAGAUAUGAUUUGCUGUGUGGACUUAAUCUGAGCAUUGAUGUCUCGUUUCACCGAGCUUUGCCUUUAUUUUGGUGACAGCCACGUACAUGACCAUGUACAAUCUAAUUACGAACAAAAUAAAAAUUUUUGCUUGAGCAUUUGGCUUCGCUUGUACUCGCUAUUUCUCAUCUGAUAACAAUUUAUUUUAAAGCAAAAACAUUCGACAACGAUUUAACUUAAUUUUAAGUUGGACUCAGGGUCAGAAUACAAAUUUCAAGAGAACUACCGUUAACUUUGACAAAUAAUUUCAAAAUAAAUUUACCUCAGGCGCUGGUUUUAACAUUCCAAACUGCUUUUAUAGUUAGUUUUCUUGUUGUGAAGUUGAGAAAGGCAGAUAGCCAGUUUAUGCGAGAGCGUCUUUUUUCUCCUACGUGAGCAACCUUCCUCAGCUUAACCGAAGUUACCCAUUUGAAUGUGGCGGGGAGCAGUGUUUUGAUUUGAAUAACAAUUUCUGAUUGAACUUUCUGUCGCACGUGCUUAUGUAGCAAGAACAAAGGUUGUUUGAGCAAGCCAUUUGGGACAUGUGAGGUUAUAUUAAAUUCUAUAAAAAUGUCUUGGGCGCGUUGGGCGCGUAACCAUUUGUAAGGUGGAAAAACUGGUUGUUAUAUUUAGUGGAAAAGGAAAAAAUUGCAACGGAUUCGCGUUUUAAGUUCACUAGAGAUUUACUCAUGGACGAGCUACGUCCAUAAUUUUCAUACGCAAAUGAGUUCUAGCCAAUCAGAGGAGCGGACCAACAAAAACGGAUACGGCCAAGUUGGUUUCUUGUCAAAGUGAUUUUGUUAAUAAACACAGCGCGGUUGAUCGUGCGAGGUUUGUUAAGGUGGCCCCCUAGAGUAAAUUGGCCGUGCGCAGCCUGAGCACUAGUAUGGCGCGAGUUUUAAAAUCCGCGCGACGUCCACGCAAAAAUUGAAACAAACAUGGCCUCUCAGUUUCCAAAUAUUCCACCCAAAAAACUUUAUUAACUUUCUGUUGAAGCUCAUUGUGCAAAAAGUUUGAUUUAUAUAGUGUAGGUCAAACAUUUAUGAGACCAGACAAUGUUACACCAGUUACAAGUCACUAUCGAUCUCCAUAAGAGUAAAUUAUAUGUAAAGACAAAGCAGAAAUUUUCCAAAGACAUCAAUUCUUUCGCUUCAAAAGUAGACAAACGUUACAUAGUCGAAUUGAAUGGUGAGUGGAAACUUUACUAAGAAAACAAAGAAGUAAGUACACUAACCCAGAAGGAAGCAAUGUUGCUGUUUCUGGCCUUUGGUUCACGGUCAGUGGAAAGAUCUGAAAGAUCGAGCCAAAUCCCAAACAAACACUGAAGAUUGCCUUCACUGGCGGAGCUCCUCCGUCACUCUAUUUCUCUUACAUUUGAUUUGAUUAAAGUAAUUCUAGAAGUGGCUUUAAGACGAGAUUACAGGGAGUGUAAUUUUUUUUUGUUUUGCCGACUCUAUCACAUUUUUUAAAAAACUUAUCAGAAGAAAGGUUUCCCACUUCUAAACUUGCAUCCUAAUCGAAGGAACCUUUCCAUCGACGAACCAACAUCCUUGUAUUUUUUCUUGUUUCAAACGUCCUUCAACGCACAUGCAAGAUGCACUAGAAAAUGUUUUGCACAACGAGAAAUAAUUUUUCUCACAGAUUGACCCUUUACGAAAGUAAUAGUUGUCCGUCGAGACCUACGGUCUUGUACGUGUAGCUGAGGACAUGAUGUACGAUUCAUAGAUCGGCGCCAUCUUUCACAGCAGACUUGUAAACAAAAACUUCGCCGUCGAAAUUAUCCAUAAAGUAUCCGGACGAUCGCCAUCCUCACGAGUGACCACCACGGUUCGAAUUUUAGCUACAAUAGUCAAGUACUGCGAAGAAAACAUCCCGGGCUAGGUAUAAAAUUAAAUCCGCUAUCUCUCCUUUUUCUACUGGCGAGAUUUCACCGUAAUAAUACUAAUAAACGGCUUCAAAACAAUCGCUUUCGUACUUUUCAAAGAAACCACAUGUUUUCAGUAGCUUUGUGCAUUAUGCGCAUGCGGGCGUGAUGGCUCGCGCGCGUGUUUUGCUCAUACGACCACGAACCACGCGUGUUUUUCGGAUUUUUGUGACGUCAGCGCAGUUAAUUAACCGUGAAUUUCUCGCGUUUCCUUCGGUAAAUUUUUUUAAAAAUCACCUCAUGUCUUAACAGUCGUAGUACCUUUGUGCUGUCAUUUUUUUGUCAAAAUCUGUAAGAGCUAAACUCCUCUACUAAGAAAAAUUACAAAUUUCAAAAUAUUGGCAAAACCGUCUUAACGACCCCAUGUUUUCUCCACUUUAAAAUGUUAAGCAAUAUCGUUAACAUAAAGUGACCAAAUUUAAAGACAUUUCACCGCGGGAAAUUAGAAAUAUUAAGGAAAAAUGGGCAAAAAUGACGAAAUUACUGCCCGUUUAAGAAUGCGAUGUUUCCAUGGCAACGGCCUUAAUCCAGAAAAUGAAACUUGAUAAGGGAGCCUUCUUAUAUGGGUAACAUUAGCGGUGAAUCUCGUGAACAAAAUCGCAAAGACAAAGUAACUAGAUUUCGUUCUGUAACGUAUGCUGGAUAGCUAGGGUUAUUAGUAAAUAAUCUAGGGAGCCACCUUAAGGUGGCUGAACACAGUUUUGGCAGUUUGUGAGUGUAUGUCAUUUGCCAAAUCAUGGCAGGAGAAAGGUUACAGCUCACAAGCUGAAACUUGGCAGGUGAAAAAUAUACUGAUGAGAGAUUUUGAUUGACAGGUAAAAUUUGACGUUUUCAUAGUUUCCAUGGCAACAUGAACGAUUGAAUACAACCUUAAAAUUUCACUUUUGUUCAGUUUACAUAAAAUUCGCUCAUUAGAUUUUCCUGUAAACUUGCAUACACAUUAAUAUAACAAAUCAUUGCCAUUUGAAAUUUAUUUGAUCAAAUUUUAACAGACGGACUUUUAGAUAAUCAAUAAUAUAAUUGUAUUGUAAUUAUUAAAUGUGUCACGAAAUUCGUCUGUUCAACGUCCAUUUUAAAGUUUUUAUUAGCUAAAAUACAAUAAAAGUAAAAAUUCUGCCAAAUAUCACCAAAUUUUAAUGAGUAGAUUUUGAGAAAUCGUCUUCUGUGUACCAUUGCUUUUUCGCCGCCAUGUUUGUUUGUCUAAUUAAAAACACGCGCGGUCACGCGAGUUACCGCUGACCACCCGCAAAACUGUGUUCAGCCACCUUAAAUCGACCGCCACUGCGCGGAUUCCGCGUUCGACAACCGCCGCGUGCGCGAUUCAUUCCGGGAUCAUACUAUAUACCCGUUGGUUUUCAUUGACGUAGGCUUCCCUCGUCUAUUACCUUAACCGUCGUCCAAACCAUUUUAAUACUAACAACUUUUUUGUUUUGAUGAAAAGAAGACUGUUAGAAAUUGACCAGGCGUUAACAGUUGCUUCUCUCAUUCAUGUAAACCUCUUCGAACCUCCGUCGAAGGCUUUAAAAGGGGAGGGGUGGGGAAAGGAAAAGGGAGAGGGGAUUGGGGAGAGAAAGAAGGGACUUCCUCUCCCUUUUCCCUUUCGCGCUUUUCUCCCCCACCCCUCCCCAAACCCCCGCGUUUUUUGCACCUGCCACGCAGUUUAAUCUCUUCUAAACAAAAUAGAAAUGCCUGGAACCUUGCAGUAGUUGCGAGGAAUUUUGAAAUUUUAUUUUAUAUAUUUCUGAUGCAAAUUAUCCGCGCAAACAUGUCGAGGUCUUCCCUAAUAUCAGCACAUUUAUGAUAACUAGCAAUCAAUCCACAAUUGUCUUGCUUCCCUAGUUUUAUGAUAAAUAAUAAUAAUUAUCAUCACCAUUAGCCCGCAAGUUCUUUAGCCGAGCUUUUAUAUCUCAGCGAAACUAAUUACUAAAAAAGCAGAUUUUGAAAUAAUAGAAUGAAAUGAAAUAAUAGCCAUAAAUACUGAUUAGCAGAAAGAGAGACCUUUUUUAUAAAUCAUCCUUAAAACUGUACGAGAUGAUGAAUGGCUUUGGACCUGAUCAAGUUUAGUUCCCACUCUGCAAUGACAUCCGCCACUGUGUUAUUGACCCCAGACAUCUGAAAUCGAGUUUAAGAUUACGUGAAAAUAGAUGAUCUGACAGAUAAGUGAAUUUUUAGUUGCUUGGAAAAUAGCCAAUGUUGUCAGUGGAGACCAUGUCGUAUCCACUAAAUGCGACAACAACCCCAGCUGCAAAUGAACUAAAAUUCAUUAACGUUAUAGCACCCGUUUUCUUUAUUUUCAUCUGUUAUGGAGAAAUCGAAAACACCUCCAGUCUCUAACCCCUCGAAGUUUUCAUCCGCGAUAUUUUCAGUAUCCUCGCUGUUUGUUUUGUGGCGUUGAUUCACGUCGAGAUCGAAAUUCGUGCUCAUCGUCAAAUGCUUCAAAUUUUAAAUCAAGAGAGAGCAGACACCCACGAGCUACAAAAUAUAGUCGUUCAUCAAAAAGAAACCAUCGAUUCUGUGUUGAAGAUAUUGCUGAGUGGAUCACCUAAAGGUAUUUGUAUACUUAUUUAACUAGCCCUCGUCUACAAUUUCUCAAUUUUUUCUGACUUCCACGUCACAUGUAAAUAAAAAAAGGAUCGAAAGACUCAUUGAUUUUUAGGCACUUUAAAAGUCAAUCAUCUACGCUUAGUAAAAAACGACACAACCUUUUGAAAAAGGUAGUUGCAAUUGUUGGCUCACUCAGAGAAAGGACACUGUCAUUCUUUAAGCCUCUUUUACGGGAGGUCAACUCCGCAUGUUCAUACGUGCUGAUCAAACCCAGUAAGCCAUUUUUAAACUAUUCGGCACUAUUUCUGUAAAGCUGAAGCGGUUGCUUUUAGGAAGGAUUUGAUUACUUCUUCCUGUUUAUCUGAAAAUGUCAGAAAUACUUUUAAGGCCCACAUAGCACGAUACAACUGCCUCGUCCCCAGUCGCUCGCGAUCACUUUUUGGGGGAUGUUUGAGUUAAUGGGGAACUUAAGCAACAACGGUGGCGACGGCGACGGCCACGAAAACGUCACUUAAUGUGAAUUAGAGCUACUUUAAACUUUAUCGCGCUUAUUCCAACUCGACCAAUUCGUCAAAUGUUGGCAAAUUUUUCUGGGGUUGAAUUCUAAAAGACUGUAUCAAAGUUCAGGAAAAGAAAAAGAAAGUUGCCUUGUGUUCAUGUCCUCAACAAAACGUGAAAUUAGGACUUUCAUGUUGUAGUUGUGCAGCGACGGCAAAGAAACGUACAAAAUGUGACAUGCAAAGUUGUUGUUUUGCCAAUCUAACCCUAUUGCUUUGUUGCCGUUCUUGUUGGCGUCACCGUCGUCGUUGCUUAAGCUCCCUGAUUAUUAAGGAAGGCGGAGCCGAGGGGAGUCUCCGCUCGCGCUCUGCACUCGCUCCCAUCAUCCCUCUCAAGCGCUUCUCGCUUGUCUCCAGCUCUCCCAUGUUCCCCACUGAGCCCUGGGAAAGCCUAUGGAGGAGGCAGACGAAACAAAACAAGGAGUGCUAUCGGCCGACCUUUGCCCCAAAAUAGAAUAUUACAUCUUAAGGAACAUUCUUUGAGACUAUGCAACGUAGAGGUGGUGGUGGGUCGGGGGUCGGGGUUGGGAGCCUGGCCCCAGUAGCUCAAAAGGUGGAUAACGCUAUCCACUGGAAAGAAAAUUUCUGUCCAUUCUAUCUAUUGGUUUCACUGGAUAAUACCGAUUUAUCAGGUGCGGAUAACGCUAUCCAACAUUUGAACAACCCGGACCUACCUUACGAACAGAACUUGAAAGAAUGACCAUAAUUCUUUAUGUCAGCUGCAGCCCAAGUCCCCUCAAUUAUAAGUGGAGAAACAGUUAAAAUUGUGUUUGCUAUUGAAGAUAAGGCUUCUUGCUAUCAAAGAACUGAUUUACCGAUUACUUUACAUUUCAGAUGCACACAUCCGUCAAAAACGCCAUGUGCAAAACAAGGAUUCAAACUCAAGUGGGAUCUUCACUAGGAAAGAAAUACAACUGGCCUUAGGUAGCCUGGCCUGUACAAUUCAUUGUCCGAAAGGAAUCAGGGGAAGACGAGGAAGGCCAUGCUCCGCCAGGACCUCAGGGACCUCAGGGGCCUACAGGUACUCAAGGAGACCAAGGACCACCUGGACCUAA